AUGAAGUACGCUGCCGCCCUUGUCCUCGCCGCCGUCGGCGCCAACGCCGCCUCGUCGCUUAUCCCUUCGGGCAUCUCGUCGGGCUGCUCGACCUUCCUGACCACCCUCGACACCAACUCGACUCUCCAGUCGUGCAUCAACCCCCUGAUCACUGCCACCUCGGCGUUCUCGCCCACCGCGAGCACCGCUGCCACCUCGGCCCAGGUCGACGCUGCCCUCAAGACCCUCUGUGUCUCGUCGUCGGGAUGUGACGACGCCACUGUCCGCACUUGGCUCAACAACUUCUGGGGUGCGUGCACCACCGAGCUGCAGGCCGGCAACUCCAAGGUUCUCGAGCUCUACGACGUCCUUUACGUCUUCUCGCCCCUCCAGUCGGCCAUCUGCUCCAAGGACUCGGGUACCGGCGCCUACUGUGUCAAGGAGAUUGCCUCCAACACCACCACCUCGUCGUCGUCUUCGAACAAGGCCGUUUCCAACUCGACCAGCCUCGUUGCCCAGACCUCGGACCUGACCGCCGCCAUCUCGGUCGCCAGCAGCUACCUCUCGCAGUACGUCACCUCGCUCAAGCGUCGUGUCGGCUUUGAGCGUGCCGCCACCUCCGACCUCGCCACGAUCAUCACCCCCAACGCCACCACCUACCAGUCGACCAACCUCCCCUUCCUCUUCCUCCAGCCCUCGAUGGCCUCGUCCGCCCUCUGCACUCCUUGCACCCGUGAGAUCUUCGUCUCGUACAUCAAGUGGGAGUACAAGGCCCCUUACGGCCCCGGUCUCUCGUCGUCGCCCAUCCUCGGCGGCCAGUCUGACCUUUGGUCCGCCAUUGGCUCGACCUGUGGUUCGUCGUUUGUCUCGGCCAUCAACGCCGAGGCCGGUGUCUCCACCGCCACCGCUUCGGGCGCUGGUCGCCAGGCCCUCCCCGCCUUUGGCGCCAUUGUCGCCGGUGCCGUCGCCUUUAUCAUGGUCGCUUAA